AUGGCUCCCAAAAGAAAGUCUACCGACGCCGCAGGCCGUAGCGCUUCCAAGAAGUCCAAAGCUAGUACCAGCACCGACAAUGCGCCCGAAGUGAUCCCGGUCCCUCGCAGCAAGCGCUGGUCGAAGGGUGUUUCUGGCUCCGCCAACGCUGAUACGGAAUAUCGCACGAUGAUGACGCGCAACCCCGGGUCUGCUUGGGAGUUUGUUUGUCAGUGCCGACCAAUUACCGACGCGGAUGACGAUGACGAUGAGGAUGAGGAAGACGAAGACGAAGAGGGCGAGGGCGAGGGCGAGCCCAAGAAGACAGGCGAUCGCCCUCCAUGCGAUAAUGGCAAGACUUGUCUCUGCACGAAGCCAAGCGCAGACCAUCCAGAACACCCCUACACCUUGACGCUGGGAGGUAUCCAGAAGUUCCACACGACUUCCAUCCUCUGUUCCCUGCGUGACCCGGAUUUGUUUGACAUGCAUAUCUACAAUGACUUCUAUGGGUACGGGCUGCAGGAGGUAAUUGGGAAUCUGCUCCUUGACUUCGAUGAGGCCAAGAAUGACUGGAAACAACAAUGGUAUAUCUGCGAGGCCGUGACGUUGUUCUUCCAUCGUGUUGACCUUGCCCCGCUGUUCAUGAUCGAUGACAGCGAAGGCUUGGAAAUGUUCCUCCAUGCUCUCCGAACAAUGUUCCUUUCGAUGAUGGCCACCCUCGAGCGCAACGACCUCCUCAAGCCAGACUCCGAGAUCAGAAACGUUGGAAUGAUCAUGGGACUGCUCAUCGGCCUCGGGGAUUUCGCUGAAGACUUCGAGGGCUUCGAUGACCUACCCAAGUAUAUCCAUGCGUAUGCCGCGAAGCACAAGAUUGUCCUGCGAGAUCUGCCAGAAGAUAGCGAACCGGAGGAGCCAGUGCCUGCGACUGGUAAGGGCUCGCUGCCUGAGCCCACUGCUAAGAAGAACGACCCGUGGGGCUUCUCAGCAGAACUGAAGAAGCUCGGGAAAGAGCAGACGCUUGGUGGCGACCGUCACGAUAUCACCACCAUGUCUGGGCCUGAGCGCAAGAAGGCCAAUUUUGAAGGCAAGGACCCCCUGGCUGGAGAGGGGAUCAAGGCCCUUAAGGCAGGGUUGGUCAUGCAAAUGGGCUAA